UCGAUGCUGGACUCUGACUGUGAUCCUGACGACGAGUGCGCAGGGUCGGGAAAUCCUCCUGGACAACCGGAACAAUUUGAGGUCCCGUCGAUGCUGGACUCUGACUGUGAUCCUGACGACGAGUGCGCAGGGUCUAGAACUCCUCCUGGACACCCGGAACAAUUUGUCCCUGCGAUGCUGGACUCUGACUGUGAUCCUGACGACGAGUGCGCAGGGUCAGGAAAUCCUCCUCCUGGACAACCGGAACAAUCUGAGGUCCCGUCGAUGCUGGACUCUGACUGUGAUCCUGACGACGAGUGCGCAGGGUCGGGAAAUCCUCCUCCUGGACAACCGGAACAAUCUGAGGUCCCGUCGAUGCUGGACUCUGACUGUGACCCUGACGACGAGUGUGCAGGGUCAGGAAAUCCUCCUGGACAACCGGAACAAUUUGAGGUCCCGUCGAUGCUGGACUCUGACUGUGAUCCUGACGACGAGUGCGCAGGGUCAGGAAAUCCUCCUGGACAACCGGAACAAUCUGAGGUCCCGUCGAUGCUGGACUCUGACUGUGACCCUGACGACGAGUGCGCAGGGUCAGGAAAUCCUCCUGGACACCCGGAACAAUUUGUCCCUGCGAUGCUGGACUCUGACUGUGAUCCUGACGACGAGUGCGCAGGGUCAGGAAAUCCUCCUGGACAACCGGAACAAUUUGUCCCUGCGAUGCUGGACUCUGACUGUGAUCCUGACGACGAGUGCGCAGGGUCAGGAAAUCCUCCUCCUGGACAACCGGAACAAUUUGAGGUCCCGUCGAUGCUGGACUCUGACUGUGAUCCUGACGACGAGUGCGCAGGGUCAGGAAAUCCUCCUGGACAACCGGAACAAUUUGAGGUCCCGUCGAUGCUGGACUCUGACUGUGAUCCUGACGACGAGUGCGCAGGGUCAGGAAACCCUCCUCCUGGACAACCGGAACAAUCUGAGGUCCCGUCGAUGCUGGACUCUGACUGUGAUCCUGACGACGAGUGCGCAGGGUCAGGAAAUCCUCCUCCUGGACAACCGGAACAAUCUGAGGUCCCGUCGAUGCUGGACUCUGACUGUGAUCCUGACGACGAGUGUGCAGGGUCAGGAAACCCUCCUGGACAACCGGAACCUUUUCUAGUCCCGUCGUCCGAGUCGGAAAUGUAUGGUUCCUAUUACGACACACUGAUGGCGCUGAAGCAGGACCUCUUAGCCGAACACAAGGCGGACUUGGACGCUUACAAGGCUAAGCUGCGGGAGGAAGUAGAGCAAUACGAAAAGUCCUGUAGGUCAGAGAACGCCUGUCUGUGGAAGGAGUCAAGAUGA